AUGGUCCUCAUUGUUGUAGCCAUGCCCCAUUUCAAUGUUAUCACCAACGUGAUGAUCCUGAACAGUGUGGGAAUCCUGUCUGCCGUGCUUCAGCUGGCUGUUAAUUUGGUGACAAGAGCAAGGAAGAAGAUCCUUUUCAUUACCUCCAUAUCUGCAUUCAGUCUGAUAAUAGCUGGAUAUGUGCUGUUUGUCCUCUUUCACAUCCUAGAGGCAACAAAUUUAAAAGACGAAAACACAGAAUUGUUAAUAUUUAUCGGCCUUGCUAUAGGAGGGGGUGUCUUGGUAUCCCUGAACUGGUGGGAAAACUAUAGCAGCCUGCUGAAGAAUAACUUCCUGGAAAAACUCACCAAGGACAUGAAGAAGUGCAGAAAUAUCAUCACCAUUAUUUCCAGUGUUGUGAGAAUUGUAAUCACCGCGAUUGUGUUGGGGGCUUAUCUCAGACUCCAGGGCUUAGAGUUGUCCUCCAUUCUGUCAAUCUCGCAGAACUCAAAGAUCAUGAUCCUGAGUCUCUUCGGCAUCCAAGUGCUCUCUAGCGCCCUCUGCCAUUGGUUUGCGGUGGUGGCCUGUAAAAUGCACGCGGUGCGACGGGGCUUUGUUAUCCCCAUGUGGUUGGCAUCCCCUGCUGUUCUGCUGGCUUUUGUGCUCUGUUUCGGGAUCCCUUUCCACCGUCUGGCCCAGGGGAACACCACAGGAAGUUACACUUUUGCCCUUUACUGCCAAAACUUUAUCAGUGUCAAUGGCUCAGAUGUCCCUGCGUUUACACAGCUGGCUUCCGAUGUCACGCACCAGCUCUGUGCCCAGAAUGCUUUCCUGAAUGGAGACACAAAAGGCUGGAUAGUGCUGGGAAGCUCUGUGAUCUGCUGGUGGCUCGGCCUAGUGUUGUGUACCAUCUACAUCUGGUUCCACCCAUACCAGCGCAUCGCGAGGACCAAUGACCUAUUUGUGCGACGCCUGUACGAAGGGGCUUUCAUCGACCAGUCCAUGCUCCUCAACUCUCGAUUUCACAUCCCCCUGAAGGAGAAGCAAGCCAGGGGAAACGAAACUGUGAUGGUCUACCUGUGUGCCACAAUGUGGCAUGAGACCUACAGCGAAAUUAUAACAAUAAUGAUCUCUAUGUUCAGACUCGACAAAUUUAGACCCAAGAGAAGCUCACACAAAGAUGCAAGAUUUGAGAACCACAUUUAUUUUGAUGACGCUUUCAAAAAUAUGGAGGGCGGUAAACAUCGUGGUGUGAAUGACUACGUGGAGAUGGUGGUGGAGGUCAUCAAGGAAGUCUACACGUAA